GCGCAUGCGUACUUUUACUUGAUUGACUGGUGCUAACUGAAUGUGACUCUGCUUUAACACGAGGGUUAAUGCGAUAAUAUAAAUAUUCUAUAUAUAAACAAAGCCUAUAUGAAAUGUUUUAUGUGUUAUAAGCGUAUUUAGUCAUUUUCAGAUAUUCUUAAAGUGGGAGAAGGAAUGUUAAAAAAAUUGCGAUACGUGUGGUCAUAAUAACUGGACUGAUGAAUCCUCACUUUUUAAAAUAUUGUUAUGACUGUUUAUGUGACAAAUUUCUGCGCACUUUGGGCUAUUGAUAUGAUGUGAUAAACGUGUGUACUGACCUGUUUAACUGCAUAUACACUGUAGCAUAGUAGUGCAAGACUUUUUUUCCGUUAUUACUUUUUUUUUAUAAGUCGUUAUUCUUUUUCUUAAUAUUAUGAGUAAAUGCUGAAUAUUAUGAGUAAAUGCAGAAUUGUGAAGUGAUAUGAGUAAUUGCAAAAUAUAAUCAAAAUCGAGAAAUUAAUGAUCUCUUACUCUCUUUACUAGCUUUAAAAAAAAACUUUUUUUCUCUUGAUUGCGGAAUAUUUGUAGUUUCGUAAAUGUUUAGGAUUAAAAAAAAUUUAUAUGCAAAAAAAAACAAACAAACAAACAGCAUUUUGAUCAAUUGUUCUUUUUAAAAAUCAUUGGGCCAUUUCCCAACAUCUUCAAUUAAAAUUAUUUGAAUGAUGUGUAUUGUAAAAGUAGCUUUGUGGAUAAAUGCAAUAUUUAGUAAUCAUCAAAUAAAUAUAUGAAAGUUUGAGAAACAUUGGAUGAUCUAGAGACUAUUUUAAUUGAAGCUGUUUUACAUUAUAAACUUUCAUCUUUGCAUUUACAAAUUCAUCUGUAGAUAGUUGAUUUUUUUUUUGGGAAUCAAAUUAGAAAAUUUUCCAUUAUUUUGUAGAUUAUUAUAAUUAUUAUUAUUUUACAUUGGAAGUGUAAAUUGAUUAUUAAAAUGUCGACUGCACUUUUGCCUGGAGGAUUUAUUUGUGAAAUUUGUAAUAAACAAAUUAAAUCUCAGCAAAAUUUUAAUAGACAUAUGAAGACUGUUCAUAGUAAUGGUUCCCAUCCAUGCAAUUUCUGUGAAAAAAAAUUUAAGCGAUUUUAUGAUGUAAAGCGGCAUAUCCUAAAUGUCCAUUUCCCUCGUAAAAAAAAAUCAAAAAGUGAUCAUUCAGCUGUCCAGAAUUCCAGCAAUAAUUCAGUUAAAAGCAGUUGUGGAGAUAAUCCAGCAGUUGAACCCAAUGGAGAUUCUGUUCUAAAAAAUGCAUCUUCGGACUCAAGCAGUCCAUGUACAGUAAAAAAAGAUGAUCAAAAUUCCUCUGCCUUGAGAAAUGAUGACAAUUCAAACUGUGCUUUUAGUGAUAGUACAGGAGUUGAAAUAGACAAACAAAAGUCUUCUGUCUCUCAGCAAGGUGACAAGGAUCAAGUACAGGAAAUGGAUGAUGGUAAGUCAGACAGUGUAUAUAAUGAAAGUUCAGCACUGGAACAAGAGAAAUGUUUGAACAUGGGAAAUGAUGAAAGUUCUGUUAGUUGUGAUAGUACUGCAUCAGGUACAGUUGUGAAUAAUGUAAUUCACUUAAUUGCAGAUGAUGGUGUUGAUAAACUCACUUGUCAGUAUUGUUUUCAGAAAUUCAAAUACAAAUCUAACAAAACAAGGCAUCUCAGAAGAGUACAUAAAGUUAAGUCACAAAUGCCACCUCCUGUUGAAUGCUCAGAGUGUAAAUCUAAGUUUAAAUAUGCUUCCCGUUUAGAGCAACAUUUAAAGCAGGCUCAUGGAAAAAAUAUGGAUGGAACAGAAUCAAAGAAGAAAAAAAUACAAAAAGAAACCUAUGGGACCUAUAUCAAAUGCAUUGAGUGCAACACUAAUUAUAAAAAUGUUCAGUCAUUACGUGAUCAUCUAUCAUCUGAACAUAAUUUAAAUAUGGAUAAGCAAGAGUUACAUUUUCCUAAUAUGGCUGCUUUUAAAAAAUGGAAACAUGAGAUAGAACGGCAAGAAUUGACAUCAUAUACACUGCGUCAUGGGUUUAAGAAAACAAAGAAAGGUAUAAGAAAGAAUGACUAUUGCUGUCAUCGUUCAGGGAAAAAUUCAAGCAAAAUUGAUGGUGAAAGAAAACGGAUGCUUAAAACAACUGGCACUGUUAAACUUGGAAUAAUUUGCACAUCAGUUAUGGUUUGCGAAGAACGUCCAGAUGGUGUGAAAGUUCAAUAUUAUCCACAUCAUUAUGGCCAUGGAAAGGAUCUCAGUAUUGUACACUUAUCACCUGAAGAGCAAGAUGCUAUAGAAGAGAAUGUAGCUAAGGGUAUUCCAUUUGAAAAUCUAUUGGAUGAUAUUAAAGACAACCAUUCUUCAGCUGAUCACUUCCAACUGUAUCUCAAAAAGAAGAAAGAAGCUCGCUUUAUCAGUAACGCUUAUGCAGCCGAUGAAUAUAACCCAGGUGUGGCAGAAUUGGAAAGUGUUGAUCAGUGGGUUCGUCAAUGUUGCAAAAUGGAAAAUUCUCCAAUACUUUUUUACAUAUCGGAUGAUUCUACUGAAAAUAAAAAUUUUUUGCUUAUCAUAAUGACCGAAUUUCAAAAACAGAUUUUAUUGUCUGCUGCCAAGCAGGUUGUUUGUGUUGACACACUUUAUCGCAAGAGUGGGGGCUUCUAUCUUAAUGUUCUUAUCGUUAUGGAUGAUAGCGAUAAUGCCUUUCCAGUUGCUUUCUGUCUCAGCAACAAAGUAGACAGGGGCGUCAUGCUUCAGUUUUUCAUGUCUAUUAAGGAGUCUACUGGAGCUUUGUCCUUUGAAUAUUUUAUGUCUGAUAGUGACGUAUUUAUGUUUGAAUCUUGGAAAGAUAUAAUGGAUGAUGAUUCCAAAUGGCUUUGGUGCAUGUGGUAUGUGGAUAACAGGAUUCGAAUUCAAUUGAAAGUCUUUAGGGGUAAUGUUAUAAAGAAAGCUGAAGCAUAUAAAACUGUGAGAAGUCUUUUAGAAUGUCAGAAUGUGAAUGUAUUUGAAUCCAUGUUUAGAAACUUUGUUGAAACCCUAAAAGCUGAUCCUAACUCUAGAAACUUGGGAAUAUCUAUCAGUCAAAGAUAUGGUAAGAAUGUACAUUUGUGGGCCUAUUGUUAUCGUAAAGAUAUUCCAUUGAGUACAAACAUUCAGCUUGAAGUUCUUCAUAGAACUUUCCAAUUUUGCUGCCGAGAGGGUAGGAAAAAGCGACUGGACAAGUUCCUUUUUGUUGUAAUGAAGCUAGUGAAAUACAAAGUGCUAGAUCGCUUAUGUAAUAUUCUGGAUGAUGAAAAGACCGAAUUGGCAAUUGAGGCUAUAAAUAUGUGUCACAAUGAGGGCCUGGAAAUUGCCAGUGAACGCAUUACUUCGUUGUCUGAUAAAAUAUGGCUCAUUGAAGGUGAAGAAGAGGAACAAAAUAUAUACGUAAUGAGAGAGUUUGAGUCAUGCCCUGAACACUGCAGUUUAAGAUGUAAUGAAUGUGAUAUUUGCGUGCACAUGUAUACUUGCAGUUGCAUACAUAGUGUGAUUAAUGCUAAUAUGUGCCCACACAUUCAUGCAGUUGUAUGGAAAUUUUUAACACCACAUUUUUCUCCUCCACCUUCUCCUAUGGCAGAUGAUUUUGAAGAACAGGAGAACAGAGAUGUUUCAGUCAUUCCUGACAAGGUUUCUGAUCUUCUUGAAGAGAUUUUAAACAAGUCCCAUGAUGUAUAUAAGAUAAUUAGAGAAAAUAAAUGUAAUUUACCAAAAGAAUCAUUGACUGCAGUUUUGAAAAGAUUAAAUGAAUGUAUUGACAUUGGCAGAGGAAAAGAUGUCUCUGAAUUUGCAAUUAGCAAUUCACAAAAUGUCUUAUCAGUUGUGUUGCCAAAUAACUGUCAAGAUAUUUCUCAGUUUGUCUUUGUUCUCCCAGGUAAUGAAGCAAAUACAAUUGUGCCUAAUAAUGAUGCAUAACUUUAAAUAAUUUAUUUAUUGUAAAAUAUAUUUCCAUUAUGGAUUAAGAAUGUUAUUUCUGUGUUAUGAAAGCAUAUGUUAAAAGAGAGAGUAUAAGAACAUUUUUGUUUAUUUUCUCUGUUUAUGAUAAUAAAAUUUUCAGUAGAUAUUUUAUUAUUUAAGAAAUGAACUGAUCAAAAUAAUUAACUAUAUUGAAAUUUUUCCAUUAUUUAGAAAAGUAUUAUCUUACUUUUACCUUAAAAGUCUUUUUGUGAAUUUGCUGUAGAUAGUAGGGAAGUUAACUACUUCUCAAAUGAAGUUGAUAUUUCUUAAUUAUGUAGAAGUGGCAAUGGAUUAUAAAUUUCCUAAUGAAUUUUUUAUUACUACAUUAUUAUUAUUAUUAUUAUUACUGCAUUAAUAUAAUUUUUAUUACUUUGUUUGUUGCAUUACAUUUAGCUAUAACUUUUUUUCAGUAUAUUAAGAACAAAUAUAGAAUGUGUGUGUUAAGAGAGGAAAACCUUUCAAGUAAUGAAAAUUCAAACUUAGUGAAUUAAAAUCUUGACGAAAACAUUUUUUUAUAUAUAUCAAAGCAUUUUGCUGAAUUGUUAGAGAUAUAUUCAGUAUAUUCAUUUAUUCAGAUGUGUUUUAGACAAUCUUUCUUUUUAUUUUAAGAAUAUUUAUUUAAACUGAUUGAAACAAAUGAAAAAUAUCAAAAAGGUAUAAUAGAAUUAUAAACUAACUGCUUGAAAAUUUAAUAAUUGCUUCAAACAAUUUUUCUUAAACAUUCUUUUAAAGUAAAUUCUGCAAAAAUUUAAUGUCUUCCUAAAUUUUGUUUCCAUGAUUAAAAUUGUUAAAAGCUAAAAUGAAUUGACACAUGAAACACAUGAAAAUUUUUAUUAGCUUUUUCACAUAUAUCAUCCUUUUCUCAAAAUUCCUUAAUUUAAAAAGUCUUAUUAAGCUUAAAUGCCAAAAUUCUAUAUUAUAUCAAAUAAUUUUCCAAUAGAUAAACCGUGUGUGUUAUAUUCAAAGAUGAAAUUUCUACAGGCAUUUUUUUAAAAAUAAUUGAGUAUAUUUUCAUUGUAUUAAAUUUUUUACAAAAGACUGUCAUGCAUAUAUGUUGUGAAUUCAGUAUCAAUUUAUACAAGUACAUUAAGUUCCAUUUUGUAUCAUAUUGAAAUAUACCAAACUCCAUUACAGAUACUUUAAAAAGUGCUAAAACACUUAGUGCAGAUAUUUUGGAAAAAUGGAACAUUUCUUUUUAUACUUUGCUGCAGUCAUUAUUUUUUAUACAAAACUUUGCCUCAUACUUUUUUCCCCCUUAAGUUACAUCAAUUCAUUUAUAAAAAUGUCAUUUUUUAAUGUGGUGUAUGCUUACUGACUGUAUUUAAUUUUAUGUGCAUCUUUAUUCGUGUUCAUUGUAAAAAAAAGUCAUUUGUAUGUGGCCAAAGUGAAGUUCCAUAACAAUAAAGAUAUUUU